AUGCACUAUAUUGUCAAUUUGGCGGCCGCUCCCUUUGAUAUGGCCAAGGUGCAAAGUGAAUCAUCCUAUCCUCUGUUAAGAAAUUUCCCCAGAUUUGAAAGCUUCUCCCAAAUCAGCUCAACUGUUGCCAACUCCUCAAGAAAUCAGCUGCACUCGGACUCCAUGGAUUUUGACCUCUUCAAGAGACCACUUCAUGGAUUUCAACUGAGUAUGUCUGACUUGAAGGAUGCAACGUCGGCCUCGAAGAAAGCGGCUGGGUGUUUAUUUACAAAUUUUGAAGAUGUUAGGCGGGUCACUCACCGAGAACCGCAUUCGGUGGACACUCGGCGAAUUAAUCAUUCAGGAGGCGAAGGCAGUCCUAGUCGUAGAGGCUUAACGGAUGAAGAACGGGUCUACCUAAAUGCGGCUUCAAUAGGUGAUGUGGGAGUUAUUCGCAUGUCACUCGAGGACGCCGACUCGUCCCCCAAUUUCAAUGUCAACUGUGUCGACUACAUGGGACGAAACGCUCUUCACCUCGCCGUUGAUUCGGAGAACAUUGAGGCCAUUGAAAUGCUCCUCGAUAAGCUCUCCUUCGAGUGCAUUGAAGAGGCUCUGCUACAUGGAAUCUCAAAGGGUCUGGUGAAAAUUGUUCGUGUGAUCAUCGAGCAUCCCAACUAUAUGGCCUGUGAGGAGAGAUUAAAGCGAGUUGAUUCCAAAAACUCCUUCUUUCGUACCACCGAAAAGAGCCAAUUUUCACCUGAUAUUACGCCGCUAAUCCUCUCCGCACACUACAACAAUCAUGAGAUGGUACAAAUGUUUCUGUCUCGUUCACACACUAUUGAGAAACCGCAUCCCAUCUCAUGCCAAUGCACAGAUUGCCAAUUGAAGCAGGACUACGACUCCCUGAAACGGUCGCGGUCUCGACUUAACGCCUAUCGAGCCCUAGCCAGUCCCGCCUACAUGGCACUCAGUUCCCCUGAUCCCAUCAUGGCAACAUUUGAACUGCGUCAAGAAAUGAUGAAAUUGGCGGAGAUAGAGAAGGAAUUCAAGAGGGAGUACCUGACCCUGGUUGAACAAUGCAUGAAUUUCGCCUGUGAAAUGAUGGAUUUGUGUCGUGGAACCCAGGAGGUCGAAGCUGUCAUUUCGGACUUUCUCGAGGAUGGCGCUAAUGUUCGCGAUCCCCUUGGCAGACUGCGAUUGGCCAUUCGAUUUGAGGAGAAAAAGUUUGUUGCUCAUCCAAACUGUCAACAGUACCUCACAAGUAUCUGGUACGGUUCAGAGACGGCGUUUCUUCAGUCCUGGACACUGAUGCGUAAAAUUGGACUGUCAAUUCUUGCGAUGCCUCUACUUCCACUGAUCUGUGUCCUCUACAUUGUUUUACCUUCAGCUGAACUAACUCGAGCGAUGCGAUGUCCCGCAACCAAAUUCGCCACUCACUGUAUAUCUCACUUCCUCUUUCUCAUUCUGCUCUCAGCAGCCACCUUUCGGUUAGAGGAGAACUAUGACAUCCAUGAAGACUACAAUGCAGAUGAACGGACUGUACGAUCGUGGUUAGAGCAGAAUUUUCGUCCCAACAAGGCCAUUAUCACUCAUGUGCAAGUCUGCAUAGUCCUAUGGAUUGCAGGUCAUUUUGUUGCGGAGAUGAAGCAUAUCUACUACGCCGGAUUGCGGAGUUAUAUGAUGAGUGCCUACAACAUCUUCAUCUACUGCAUCCUUGCGCUUUACAUGUGCAGCUACACCCUGCGAAUCAUUGUAUAUGGAUGGGUGCGUGACUCCGAUGUCUUCUUUAAUGCAACGAAUCGCAUUGAGGAGUUGAUCCAGCGCAACGAGAGUCGUCUGGUCAAACCCAUGGUGGAGGGAUGGAAAAGCUCAACACAAACGUCAGCCAGUUACUUCAUCGAGGCCUGGGUGAAGGCAACUUCGAUGGAAGAGGAAUCAUCUAACUUUUCUAUGAUGACGCUUUUUACAGAAAGUCGGACCUAG